UUUGUUUCCUUUGUUUAAACUCAGUCAGCCUAGUUUCAGCUUGAAUUAUGGAUGAAAUUCUUUCUGAAGGAGACGCAAAGGUAGGAUAAAUGUGUUGUUUAAUUGUCUUAUUUUCUGUGAUCAGCAAGUGAAACACGACCUUUUAAAAGCACGCAAUGCAUACUGUAGAACCAAAAUGUCACUUUUCGAAUCGCAAGCUUGUUCACUCGUUCCAUCAAAUUCAUUAAUCAUGUUCAGAACUCAUUUUUACUUCGUGGCUUUCCCCCACGCCAGUACAAGAACAAAUAUUUCAAGUUUAUCAGUUAACAAAUAAACUUGUCCUUUAAUUUUUUUGUACGACAUUGAUGGCUUCCUGUUAUUUGCAAAACGAAACGAAACGAAAUGACAAUCUGUAAUUUGUGGAAUGACAAUAUGCAAUUUUCGAGAUAUAGAUCGAUAGUUUUCAAAAUUCAAUUAUUAAUUUAAGCGUAUUGAAUUUUCAUUAAUUUAGUCUCAAUAAUAUAAAAAGUGAGGUAAAAUAUUGAUAUAUUGCAAUGUCCUGCAGUGUACUGUUUUUCAGUUGCCCUCUUGGUGGCUUAAAAACUCUUUUUAUAAACUCAAGCACUGUUUAAACGGUCUGUAGUGGCUAAAUGAUGCUAUGUACCUCUUCAUCAACAUUUGAUCUUCUUGACUGACCUUUUCAAUAUUAUUCAUUGAAGAUUAUUUUACCAAUAUUCCCGGCUGCUUUAUUUGUAACUCUCAGUUUGUCUUGUCAACACACUCUGAGGCUGAUCCAAUGAUGAAAGAUCUAGAAAUAAGGAAAAUAUGAUGUCUACUGUCUCUCUCUUCCUACAGUUUACCUUUUAUUAAAUUUACAUAAAAAUAGCAAAUUCAAGGGAAAAUUAAACUUUUGAAGUAAGGAUUUUCAUCAGCAAAAAUGAACAAUUAAACAAACAAAGGAGAAUAUGAUUGCUACCAAAUCAUUGGUUGAUUUUGGCUGUAGCCUGGUAAUCUUUAUAUGUCACAUAUUGAUUGGCAAGUAUUCUUGAACUUAUCAAUGCAAAAAAUUUUGAAAAUGACCUGAAGGAACAAAAAAACUGCUUCAGCAAAAAAUUUGAGUUGUCAAUGUUUGGAAGUACGGAGUGUUAAAUUAUUAAUGAUGAAUAUAUGAGGGAAAUCCAGGUGAAAUUAAUUUUACUUUCAGAAUUCAAGUUCACAAGGGUUGGAGGUUUUGGUAAACAUCUUUUUCAUAUGGCUACCUGUUCAUGCAGUCCUAUAGAAAUCCAUGGUGAAAGCUGAUGUGUAUUGAGCUGAACAGACAGGAUGACAUUAGCCAAUCCGUAAAAAGCCAUCCAGCACUGCACUCACAUAGCUUUGUUGCAAAAACUAAACUAUAUAGUGGAUCUUUAAGGGAAGAUUUUUGGAGAUUUUUUUUAUCAUGUCAAACUAAGCAUUGCUAUUUAACUAUAGUUUCCAAGAAAAAUUAAGGUAAAAUAUUGAAGCACACACAAUUAAUUUACAUAAAUAUAUCUUUUAGCUAAAUUCUUUAAGCUGCCAAAGUGUGAAUAGCUAAUUAUAACAUGUGAAAAUAGAUGACUCUUGAAGGGUUUCUUGCAGUAAAACAUCCUGGUCCAUGAAUUUCAAUUAUGUUAACAUCUCCUAAUUUUGAUUGCACAUGAAGAUCUUUGCUAUCUGUCAGCGUAUAAAAGUAGAAGGUGAUUAGAGAAAGAUAAAAAAGAAAUCUGGCUGUCAAGCACAAGAAAUAAAGAGAUUCGAAAGAUUCUCACAGAAACAGAUAAAGGCUUAUGGUUUAAGCAAUCUUUGCUGCUUGUGCUCAAUCAGCAACCAUGUAGUUUUGCCGCAUUGUUCUCAAGGGGCCUUUCAGUUGAAAAAAAGUAUUUGAAAUCAAAGUUUCUCUUCAGCAGAGUUGAACUAAAGGUCUAUUGCAGGUAACUGAUAGAUAGUUACCUGCUAAAUAUGUUCUUGCUGAGAUUCUUCUGAGACUCUGCUAGACAAUCUUAAGUUUCUAUUGGUGGUCAACAUUUUGCAAGUUGUUAGGAAAAAUUUGAAAGUAAAAAACUUACUUUGUUUUUAUGCAAACAAAUUAAUUGUAAGUGUAAGUUAACUUUAUGGAUUGCCUUGAAAUUUGGUCUAAAGACUCCCAAGAUACCCACCUAAACAUGUGUUGAUAUAUAGUCUAUGGUUGUUAUGCUUCAAAUGGCACCUUUUUUUUUUUGUGAGGACAUGCACAAACGUCUACCAUAUCCUUUAACAAUAAAAAGAAAAGAGUGAAAAAAGUUGAGUUUUCUGAUGAAUUGUGAGUUUUAUGGUUCUGACUGGUGUGACUGAAAAAGAUGAAGGAAAUUUUUUAUUGUAGAAUCUUUUUUGUGGUUGUCCCACCAGGAUCCUUCUAUCACAUACUAUCUUGGUUGAAACAAUAUUUUCAAAUUAUGCAACAUUUAGUGAUCAUAUGAUAAAAUGCUUAUUGACCUAGUUUGGUUGCGCCAGACAAAAAAAAGUUUAGCUUUCAGUCAUGGGGCAUGGACCUUGUUGCACUCAGUCCAUACAUCAUAACCUUGAGCCAAAUAUUUUCCCAUUCUGCCCUCCCACUCUGUCAAUGAGUAUAUAAUAAUGCAUGAGAAACUUUCUCUGUGGAGUUUGUACUUGACUAUGUAUGUGACUGUGAUUGCACCAACCAUGUUCGUUCAUAUUAAGUUUAAAUAGGUCAUGUUCGCUUAAAUUUAACUGGUGAUGAUGGUGAAUCAAUAGUUGAAAUGUAUGUACUUUUCUUAAAUCAUAGUUUUUCCCAAAAUUUUUAGCGUUUUGAGGACAAAUAUAAUGCUGAAGUUGAAAGAGGACAGGUUUCUUCUGAUACACAGUUCAGUUAUGCUUGGUGCUUGAUAAAAAGCAGCAACAAGAGUGAAAUUUUAAAAGGAGUUCUUCUCCUGCAAGGUGAAGUAUGUGUUCUGGUUAAACAGUAUCCCUUUACAAUGGUCCUCAAGAUAAUUUCUUAAUACUUCUUGUCAAGGAAGGGACAAGCCUCUGGGUCAUAGAACUCUUUCGAUUUGAAAAGGAAUUAAAAUUGAAGGGCACUUUCCUUUGGAAACUUUUGGCAAAAUAGUAAUUUGAAGAUCAGGGGUAUUUCUCUUUCCUUGAUUUUUACCAGAAUUACUGGAGAUGAAUGGAUGCUAUUGGCUUGGUCACACCAGCACAAUGCCUCAUGAUAGGACAUAUGAAGAACCCAGGUUCUCACAUAAAAUAGUCUACUAAGCGCAAUCAUACUGGUGUUUUAAUAGAAGAUUUGCUAAGGUUUUCUAUCUGCAAAUGGAAAUUUUUAUAGGGUCCAAAGGUUCAUGAUCCUAAAUUUUAUCAGAUUGUGAUGAUUGAAAAAAAAAUCAUUUAAAGUGAUUGUUAUUUCUUGUUUUGUCCAUUGACAUUGAUGCAAUUGAGUCCCAUUUUUAAGUGUUUCCUUAGCCUUAGAUAAAAUGCCUUGAGCAAUUGGAGUCUUAUCAGUUGUAUUUUUUUCUCUUUCUUUCUUCAAUUGUUUGUAGGAUUAUGUCAUAGUGGAACUGAUCAAAGAGAUUACCUUUAUUUUAUUGCAGAAGGAUAUUACAAAUUGAAUGUGAGUUACAUAGCAACCCUUUUGUUGUUAUGAAGUUAAGUUAUGCAUACUAUUAUUUUGAUUCCCAGCUGUUCUGCUGGUUGAUAUAUAGAACCACAGCUAAAAGUGGCAAACCCUACAAUAUUUUGUUUUAAUUUUUGUUUUCACGCACAAAAUGUAGACCAAGAACAAGCUUUAACACUGCUUAAUAAAUUUUCACCUGCACAGUAUAACUUACAUCUUUCUGUCCUAGCAGGAAUAUGUAUCUCCAACAAAUUGCAAACUAUAAAAAUUUACUAGUCAAACUUAUCUGACCUAAAGAAGCGCUCAAAACUAUAAUUAUAAAAUUAAUAAUGGCUCUCUAUCAUUCCUUCCAUUUCAAAGUUUUGGAGAAGAUAGUGAUACAUGUGUAGGGCCUGUUGAUUUUAAAUUACAGUUUUGUAUCAUCAAAUAGGAAUACAAGUCAGCCCUCAGAUACACAAACAGAUUACUACAAAUAGAACCUGAAAACCGACAGGGGCUUGAGUUGCAUGAAAAAAUCACUGGUCAAAUGAAAAAAGGUUUGAACAUUUUUGGUGUGACUGGAAGAUAGAGUAAUUGUCUGUCCAGUAUUCUUUUGCAGAUUUUGAGUGUACUGCUCCAAGAUGUAAAUUUUUGUGUUCUCAUAUGGAUGUCCUAUUCAAGCUGUCUAGAAACAAUUUUUUGUAAUUUGAUCUGGUUCUUCAGUUAUCUUUUGAUUCUAUAUGCUUGUCAAUGAUGCACAACAAGCUCAAUAUCCUGGUGUUUCCCUACUUUUACAUACCAUUUCAAUUACACCAUUGCUCAACUUAGAGACUUCUUAAGCUAGAAAUUUCUAUAUGUGUAAUAACUCAAAUGACCUAUGUAUGUACUGUAAUAUGCAGAACUCUUCAGUUUGUAAGAUGUUUGGUUUUAGCUACUCAAACACAUUUUCAAAUUAUGCAUGUCACAAAAUCAUGAAUUUACCACAUGCACUCUCCUGCCAAGACCAACAGGAUAAUUAUUCCAAAAAGGGUUCUGUUAAAUUUUUUAUAAUGUUAUGCUAUUUCCAUAGAUGGCUUGAUUGGACUUGGCAUCCUGGGAGGUACAGCUCUGGUUAUGGGCGGAGCAGCAGCCUUGGUUGGGAUGGUAUUUGCAAACCGCAAAUGA